AUGUUUAACACCCUCACUUGGAAUAUUAGAGGUGCUGCCGCGAAGGGAGUUCCUCUACUAAUUAAGGAUUUGGUUGCAAGACAUAAAAUAAGCUGUAUGGCGUUGUUUGAGACCCGAGUCAGUGGUCCAAAAGCAUUGAAAAUAAUCUCUAAGUUAGGUUUUGAUAAGUCCUUUGUGGUAGAUGCUGAAGGCUUUGCGGGUGGCAUAUGGAUCCUAUGGAAGAGCUUCGAAGUCCAGUUGGAGGUUCUCCAUUCUCACCGCCAGUUUGUCCACACACGUGUGCUAUCGGGAAGCUCCCAGGCUGCGUUUCUGACCUUUGUGUAUGGGAGCCCACAAGGAGUGACGCGGAAUGCUCUUUGGGAAUCCUUGGAAAAUUUUAGCCAACAUAUAAGGUCCCCUUGGCUUGUGAUGGGGGAUUUUAAUGCUUACCUUGGAGCUGAUGAGAAAUUUGGUGGUGCAGCUGCCAAUGUUAGUUCUAUGAGACGGUUCCGUUCUUGUUUAUCUAGCAGCAACCUCUCUGAUAUGGGGUUCAAAGGUCCCCCCUAUACGUGGGAAUGA